AUGGAGCAGAUACUUGUUGUACUUUCCCAAACGAGGCUGCUUUUGCAGCAGCAGCAGCAGCAGCAGCAGCAGCAGCAGCAGCAGCAGCAGCAGCAGCAGCAGCAGCAGCAGCAGCAGCCAGGUCCGCUUGCUGUCGAUCGUCUAGACAACGUCAACUUGAUCAUCAAGGGGGACGGUCUUGACUUCACACUGGCGGCCAUCCUGUACAAGGGAAGGCUUCACGUGUCGGUUCUGAAAAAGGUGCUGGCAGCAAAGAGGCUGGUGCUGGUGAGCAUCGACGGCGCCGACCCGACCACUGACGACAAGGGCUACAGCCUGAGGGGCUUCCACGAUGGACAGGACGUGAUCAUCAACGCUGCGCUAAAGCCGGGUGUGAGGGUGGCCCACGCAUACGCUUGCGCGCGGCCGCAGUGGACGCUGUGGUCCUUUUUCCAGUGGUGA